UUUGAAGUUGCUGUAAUGCAUAACACAUAAAAAUUUUAAGUAUUUUUUAUAAAAUAAAUUUAAAUUAAUUUAUUUAAAAAUCAUAUAAGAACAAAUUAGAUAUAAAAAUGGAUUGCUGCUUCGUAAAUGAAUGCGAAAGAUUUGCCGUAACCCCAGUACUUGUGAGUCCUCAAGUCAAAUGCUGCGAAAGUGCACCAAUAUACGUUCCGUGUUGCAAUGAUAAAGUAGUAUAUUGUUGCGAGAAGAUACGACCUUGUACGCCGGUGGCGAGGAAAAUAUGCUACGAUGGUAAUUGUGACCAUACGUGUACUCUAUGCUCCGAGCCACCACAGAAGUUUUGUCCGACCUGCCGUCAACCAACCGGCCCACCUGCGAAGCCGGCAGUCAAAUACGUCAUGCCAUGUUACCGAUAUGAAGAUGGCCGAAUUGAACAAUUCGAUUCUAAUAUCCACGGUAAACUCCCUGCUACUGCUUAUAAGAGGAAUGGGAUACAGGAUCAAAUUAAUGGAUAUAGAGGAGCAAGGCGUGAUUUGUGCGCGGUAGAACACGAUGGCAAAUAUUUUGUUUACACUGCAAUUGAGCCUUUUAAGAGAAUAUAUCCAAGAAUUACUCAUGAAGUAAAUCCCGUGAGACUGUCGCCGAAAAAGAUUUACGAUAAAUAGUUUAAGGGAAAAUAAGAAUGGCGACUGACAUGAGUAAAAGUUGAAGUACGAAUUCGGAGUAAGGGUUAGCAAUUACAUAUUAUAAGCAUUUGGCAUAACAUGUAAAAGUUAAGACGUUAAGCAUAUUAUCUUUCUUGACCCAAAUCUAUACAAAAAACAGUUCAAAAAUAAUACCAUGCCAAUGUAUUAUUAACGUCAUAAAAUAAGUUGCAUAAAAAGGUUACAACACAAUAUGCAAAUAGACAAUAAAAUAACCCAAAUAUGUUAUUUUAUAUGAUAGAUUAUUAAAGUAUAAAACAUACAUAACUUAAAUAGUACAAUAAAC